AUGGAUAAUUACGAAUAUAUGGAAGAAUCGACUAUCCCUGUUGAUUUUAUAUGUAAACUUUGUAAAAAGCCAUUUAUUGAUCCAGUUAUUUUACCUUCGCCAUGUGAACAAACAUUCUGUUUAAAAUGUAUUCAAACUAAUCUUGAAAAUCAUUCGAAUAACUGUUCAGAAUGUAAUAAAAAACCUUUAUCAAAUAAUGAUUUAAAAAGUGAAAAUCCAAUUCUACGAAAAAUGCUUGAUAAACUUCUUGUAAAAUGUUGUUCUUGUUCUGAAGAAAAUAUUCAACGAUCAAAUUUUUCCGAACAUAUUCAACAACAAUGUCCAAAAAGAAUUGUUGAUUGCUCAGCUAAUGAUAUUCUAUGUCCAUGGAAUGGACAUUAUGAUGAAUUAAAUGAACAUUUCAAUCAUUGUCCAUAUGAAAAACUUCGAACUGUUCUUAUUAAACUUAUUAAUGAUGCUCGACGUAUUGAUGAAUUAAAUCAACUUCAAAUAGAUUUUCAAAGUCUUGAAAAUAAAUAUCAAGAACAACAAAAUCGAAUUCAACAAAUUGAAAAUGAAAAUGAAAUUUUAAAUAAUCAAAUCAAUGAAAUGAAAAAAUUUGAAAUUGAAAAUAAAAAUUUAAAUGAACAAUUAAAUAAAUUGGAAAAUUUUGAAAUUGAAAAUAAAUCUUUAAAUGAAAAAAUUGAUGAACACAUAAAUGAAAUAAAUGAAUUAAAAUCUAAAAAUCAAUUAAUUCAAGAUCAAUGUGAUCAAUAUGAAAUAAAUAAUAAUGAUAUUGAAAUUGAAUUGAAAAUCCUUAAUGAAUCUUUACAAUUAACAAAUAUUGUUAUUGAAAAUUUUCAAGCAAAAAUAAAAUUUUUUCAAGAAAAUCUAAAUCAAUUGAAUCUUACUCAAAUAAAUAAUCAAACUUUAAAUGAACUUUAUCAACAACAACAAAUACAAAAUGAUUCUUUCGAUAAACAAAAUCAAUAUUUACAAGAAACAAUUGUUAUUUAUGAACAAGAACUUGAACACUUACAAGAAUACUGUAAACAGAUUGAUGCAGAUAAUCAACAAUAUUUUCUAAAUAAUAAAGAAAAUCAACAUUUAAAAGUACGGUUAACUGAAUAUGAAAAAGAAAUUGAACAGUUAAAACAAUACUGCAAACAGAUUGAAGCAGCUAAUCAACAAUAUUUUCUAAUUAAUGAAGAAAAUAAUCACUUAAAAGCACAAUUAAUUAAAUAUGAAAAACAAAUUGAACAGUUAAAACAAUACUGCGAACAGAUUGAAGCAAAUAAUCAACAACUUAUUGAACAAUCUAUUCAAUAUAAAAUAAAAAUUGAUCAACUUACUAUUAAUAUUAAACGACUAGAAGCGAAAUUAGAUCGACCAGUUAUUCAGUCACAUAUCAUAGCUGAUCAAAUUACUUAUAACAAUAAUCAACUUGUAGAAUUGAUUGACAAAUGCCAAACAGGUGAACUUGUUAAUUUAAAUGGUCAAAAAAUAAAUGAUCAUGAUAUUGAUAUUGUUAUUAAUAAAGCAUUAAUUAAUAAACAAUGUCAAUCACUUAUUUUAUGGAAUAAUUGUUUAACAUCAUAUUCAAUAUCAAGAUUAUUUUCUUUCUUAAACAUGAAUAUUACAUUAAAAAAAUUGAGUAUUUCGAACAAUCAUUUAUCUGAUGAAUCUAUAAAAUCAUUAUCAGAAUCACUUUCAUUUAAAAAUGUAACAUUAAAAGAAUUAGUUCUUUCUUCAAAUGAAAUAACUGAUCAAGGUCUUAUUUAUUUAUCGGAUAUGUUAAAAACAAAUGAAACUUUAAUUGUACUUGGAUUACAAGAUAAUAAUAUAACUGAUAAAGCUAUUCAAUAUUUGUGUCAAGUUAUUCAAUCUGAUAAUAAAACAAUUGAAGAAAUAACUUUAUAUUCAAAUAAAUUAAUCACUGAUACAAGUAUUGAUUAUAUAUUUAAUAUGAUUACAAAUAAUCAAUCAUUAAAAACAUUUUGGAUAUGGAAUUGUCACUUGUCUAAACAAGGUAAACAUAAACUUCAACAAUCUAUUCAAUGGAAAAGUGAUUUUGAUCUUCGACUAUAA